GAGGGGAGAAGUAUGCAAUCAGAAAGCAUUCUAUAUUAACUCCUGUCCAGCAAGAGUGAAAGAAAAUUCAUGGGAACCUGCAAGAACAAAGGGCACAGCAAAGCUGGAACAAACACAGCAAUCCAGGCAGGGGAUUUCCAACUCAUCUGCUAGUAUAUAUAAGCUGGAUGCAAAUUCCUUUUUCUGUCUCAUUUCUGCCCCCUUGACUGCAGAGAUGGCUCGCAAUGCUUCCAGCCUCUGUGUACAUGUCCUUUCCAAGGAAUGGGAUUUAAUGACUUUUGAUGUCAACCCAGAUGACAGCAUGAAGAAAAUCAGUGAACAUGUCUGUUCUAAGACCAAGAUUCCUGUCCAGGGCCAGGUUCUUCUGAUGGGGUCCAAGGUCCUAAAGCCACAGAGAAGACUCUCAUCUUAUGGCAUUGACAAGGAGAAGACCAUCCACCUCACUCUGAAAGUGGUGAAGGCCAGUGAUGAGGAGGUGCCCUUGACUCUCAUGGAGUCAGGUGAUGAGGGGCAGCCACACCUCCUCCAGGUGCGAAGAACAAGCUCAGUGGCACAGGUGAAAGCAAUGAUCAAGACCAAGACAGGUGUAACCCCUGAGACCCAGAUUGUGACUUGCAAUGGAAAGAAACUGGAAUAUGGGAGAAGAUGGCAGAUUACGAAAUCAGAAAGGGCAAUUUACUCUCCCUGACACAUUAUUCCAUUGGAGGGUGACCACCCUGGGGACUGGGUGUUGGCGGGGGUCAAAAAGCCUAUUUCUUUUAAUCUCUUACUCAAUGACCACAUCCUUUGAUGAUAUCCUAAAAUUAAUGAGAAUGAGAGGAGUAGGGUAAGAUUUGGAUGGGAUGGGUAGGAUGAAGAAUAUUGUCCAACUCUAUGUUUCUUUGAUUCUAACACAAUUAAUAAGUGGCAGGAUAUUUAAAAUGUAUUACUGAGAAUAGAAAAUAAUUUUUU